AUGGAGUGUACUACUUCAGGAAUAGACGAUACAUUAUUGAGAAGUAGAAAUAGCACAUUGGAUCUGUGGCUAGACUGCAACGCACUCGAGGGCGUCAAUUUCGCCGAUGCGCUGCCUUUCCUGCUAGCCUUGAGGCAGAACACGCACGUGACCGACGUAAAUCUGGCUAUCGUUCGAUCACCUCAUGCAGCGGAGACGAUAUUGGCCGUCAGUCAGAUUCCCAAUCUGCAAAGCUUAAAGGUCUCAUCCAUCUUUGACUGUUCCGGGGAUUUCGGGCUGUCGCUACCGACACUGACACAGGCUCUGGGUCAGGCACGACGACUGGAAGCUCUAUCUCUGGACUGGAUUGGCAUCUUGGGAGAUGCCGACAACAAUACGCUGCGGGAACAACAUACCGCAUUAGAGCGGACACUAGAGUCGCACCCAAGACUCUGUGAGAUUGUUUUGACCAAUUUUUACUUUCCGAGCCAGACGAGUCCAAAUGAUUGGAUUCAGGCGGAUCGAUUCGUGCGUGUCAUCCUCGCAUUGCCCAACUUAACUACGUUACGAAUGGAUGCCGUCACAAGAUUCUACGGGCGACCACUUUUGACCUCGACUACGAUCAAGCUCUUGUUUUCCCACGACUGCCUCCAGACGAUUCUUCUCAAAAACAUAUGUGUGUGGAGCACCCGGUGCGACCCGCAGGUCAGCAAGGCGUUGCGAAGGAACGAGCGCCUACUGGAACUAUCACUUACAUCAUGUUACCUGGCUAGUCACGGUAGUGUUCUGGCUGGUUUGGACGAGAAUCGAUCAGUCCGGGAUCUAGACGUGAGCGACUCGUCCCUGUUAUUGGAAGCGCUUUCGUUGGGUCGCGCCCUCGGAAUGAAUCGCGGGUUGCAAAAGUUGACACUCUGUCGGAGUCGUCUGGAUGUGAACCCUGCGACCCAUCACGACUAUGCGCUCGCUCUGUUGCAAGCUCUGGCGAAUCAUCCCACAGUCAAGCAAUUUCGGAUGAGUAUCCUGUACGAUUGCACGCUCCUUGCCGAACGUCCGUCCUUUCAAUCUGUGGAGGAAGUUUUACAAACAGCAUUGCGCGUGCUAGAAUCAAAUCAUGUACUACAAGAGUUGUGCUUGGAUGGAAUGUGCCAAGAUGAACCAUUUUGGGCAUUGUCGGAAGCUAUUCGGCUACGCUUGGGUCUAAACAAAGCUGGAUUUUGGGGACUAUCGCAGACUACAAGUAAAGCGUCGGAAUGGGCUGACGCCUUGGGUGCCGUACGAUAUGAUGUGGGAUGUCUGUACCAUGUGCUCCGCGACAAUCCUCUCUUGGUAGCGACGACAGCGGUGUCGGUCAAGUAA